CGACAUGGAAGCGGUUGAUAGAGGGCAAUUGUGGGAUAAGGGCGAUAACGCCUGAAGAUCUCAAGAUGGGUGCUUUUGAUAGAGAGACUGAGUUGCAUAUAUUUGAUCAGCUGACUUCUAAAGUUGCGGCAACUGUGCCGUGUGGAAUGGGCUCCGGUGAUUUCAAUGAGGAAUUGUGGCUUAAUUCAAAGGUUAUUAGUUCCUUGUGUCAUCAACAGCAAUCUUUUUUUCUCAGGAGCAUUGAUCAAUUGCAAGGUUUGUUGCCUAUGCUCUUUGUGCAGGUGAUGAAGCUUUAAAAGAUGCAAGAUGGCCGCCCACUGAGCAGGAAGAGAAGGAAAGAACGGUAGUCCUUUGUUUACUUCUAUGUCAUUUUUAUCUUUUCUCUUUCAGAAUUUAAUAAAUUUGCUAAAAGCAGGGGGUGUCCAUUAGUGGAGGGAUUGGGGCAUCAGUGAUAUAUUAGAUGCAGCACAAAUGAUAUGUGAAAAGGUUGUUUUAUCAUGAUACUCAAUUUAAUUAUGAUUAUUGCUACUAUCAUAUUUUUUUGUGUCUUCAUCAUCUUCUGCAGUUCCCCCUACAUUAGCUAUUGGCUUGAAAUUAUGCUACUUGGCCAUGUAAACAGUUGAAGCGACAAGUGAAAGAUCUGCUCUUUUAAUACAGUGCCUUUGUCAGUUUAGUCCAUUCUUCAUUCCAAGGAUAUUAAUCAUCAUGGCUUCUCGUCACAUGAGCAUAAAUAUGGAUUCCAGGUGUGUAUGUAACCUUUAAAUGUUAUAUUUUCAGGAGCUUAUGACAACUUUAAGCCAGUCAUGCAGCUAGUUUGUGCUGCUGUACUUUGCUUGCAGUAACUUGUUGAAAGGAGACUCAAUUUCCUAGUGAUCUCAGUCCCCUGUUACGUUCACUUUUAUUAAAUAACCCUUUUGAGC